AUGGCAGCUGUCGACUCGAUUCCUCCAGCGCGCAGCUCCGUUAAGCAGCCGGCGCCUCAAGCUCUCGACAAGCCGUCAACCAGCAGCAGCUCCGGAAAUACCGUGGUGCAGCCAAAGCCCCAAGUAAUUCAGCAAAAGACGUUUGGGUCAGCCAUCCUGGUAUCGCCUCGCCAACGCGGCAACCCCCUCUUGACCAGCAUCCGAUCAAUACCGUGGGAAUACAGCGACAUACCGGCGGAUUACGUCCUUGGGCUGACGACGUGUGCGCUCUUCUUGAGUCUCAAAUACCACCGUCUCCAUCCCGAAUACAUAUACACCCGCAUUCGUAAUCUCCAGGGCAAAUACAAUCUGCGCAUUCUUCUCACUCUCGUUGAUAUCCCAAACCAUGAGGACUCACUCCGCGAGCUUUCAAAGACUUCAGUAGUCAACAACGUGACUGUUAUACUAUGCUGGUCCGCAGCCGAAGCCGCUCGCUAUCUCGAACUCUACAAGUCGUACGAAAACGCCAACUUUUCGGCCAUCCGCGGACAACAGUCAUCCAAUUAUGCAGACAAACUGGUUGAAUUCGUCACUGUGCCGAGAAGUCUGAAUAAGUCAGACGCCGUAGCUCUGGUUGCUAAUUUUGGCAGUCUGAAGAAUGCGAUAAAUGCAGAGCCAGAGCAGCUGAGCAUGAUUAGCGGAUGGGGUGGCACCAAGGUAAAGAGAUGGACUUCUGCCGUCGAGGAGCCAUUUCGAGCAAGGAAAGCAGCCAAGAGAGGUUUACAAUCUUCAUCAGCAGCCGUGGCAGGACAUGACGAUUCUGACGAAGAAGAAGCAUUUGCCACGAUGAGUCGGCAAGAAAAACAGCCUCCUCCUCAAGCUACGGAUCAGACCAGGGAGGAGCGACAACCCAACAAAGAAAGUAGCCAGCUUAGUGAAGGUGUAGCGGCGGCAUUGGCAAAGUUGCGGCAAAAUGGCUGA